AUGAAAUCAGAUGAACUCGAACGAGAGAAAUUUCAGGUCAUAAACGAAACCCCUGUGGCGGGGAAAAUACCGAACGGUAUAAGCCAAAGGUAUUAUAAUUCAGACAACCCAAGAAGUCAACACAUCGAGAGCAUCGCCAAAACGGAUGGUGCAUCAUUCGAGAGUAACGAUAACUCACCUUUGAGAAACAUGAAUCCUAUAAAGUCAAGAAGCGCAGCAGAAGUAUUUCGCAAAAUAGAAGACGAAGCAGUUGAGAGUAACUUCAAGCAUCUAUUUGAGCUUUCAACCCGUGAGGAAGCAUCAAGCGGCGACCCCAUGGUCGAUCACAACACGAAGACACCCGAUCUUGAUAAAGUCAAAAAAUACUUGCGGCAUGAUAGGACACCUGAUAAUGAUCUCUUAAGUAGGUUGAAACGAACUCCUGAUGAUACACCGGCAUCUCAACGGCAAGCGGCAGAGUUACAAUCGAUGAACUUACCGAAGGAGCCGCAUUGUAGCCCUCCAACAACCGCACAACUUUUUACAAGUACCGUCUCAAAACCAGCUGUUAACGAUACUCUGUCAGGUGAUAACGACAUUGUGCCUCACCAUGACAUAGGCGAUAAUUACCGAAGGCAUUUCAAUCAAGGGACAAAAAGGAACUAUCCUGCCGAGCAAGGUGCAGAUCUGAGUAUGGAGACAGAAUCCCAUGGCAUCAAGUUGGAAUUCGAAUCUACAAGCAAGGACAAUUUAAUUCGAAGAGGGCAACCAAGAGUUCUCGAAAAAAGAUAUCCUUGCAGAGAUACCAAGUUGGACAUUUCACAAAACAAGCAAGAGGUUCCGCUGGCACGGAGUUCACAAUUUAGAAGCACUGACUACUGUGAUAACGUACAGAGAAGCGUUAUGCAAACGCUUGAGUUGGAACCAGUAGUAGAUGGCACUGAAGAAUGUAGUGAUAUUGUUAUCCCUGCAACUAAUUCCAGCGGUGGCCACCCGAAGGAGCACACUCACCUAGAAGGUCAGAAUAGUAAUACACAGUAUGAGCCUGUAAAAAUAAGCAAGAAAACUGAAAAAAGAUGCGACAAACAAAAAGAAGUUCAACGGUCAAGAGAGGCAAUAUCUGAAGAGAAGACUAAUGGAUGCUCCUCAAGUGAAGUUUCUUAUUCAGUUAAGCAUGAAAGUAAUCACACACAAUCGGAAAAUACACUCAAUGCCACCACACAAGCUGAUUCAAAGCUGGGUGAUUUGUCUAUGAGAAAAGAAAAAAAAGGCGAUGAUACGCAAAUACUUUCCUUAAAGAAUGACAUAUCUAUAUUACAUGGCCUCAGUGGUCUACCUCAGGAUACACAGGCUGAUAUAUCACCAUCUGUGGCAGCAUUAGUGCCACAACAUCCAUUCGCAGACUCUGGAUUAUGCUCUUCUCCAAUCUUUGUUCACCAAUCACGAGCGCAUAAGCUAAACACGCAGCCAUCUGUCACCAACGUCAAUACUCAGGUCAUUGAGUCUCCAGAAAACCGCGCUAAAAUCACUAAAUUCGAAAAGGCUUUUUUAGACCAGAAUGAUUCACAAGACUACUACAACCUCAAUUUGAAUGAAAAGUCUGCGAAAGAGGAAAAUUUAGUAAAAACUAAUCCUGGAGGUACUGACAUACCUUCCAGAUCGGUUGAUUUAAUAGCCAUAGAAGAGGAAUCCUCCGAUAAUGAGAAUGAUAGCGAGAAAAGAGUUUUGUUAAGAUUCUCGAACAAAAAUGACCUUCAGCAUGACUCUUUAAUAGAGAAGCAAAAAGAAACAAACAAAGAAACACUCAUAUAUAGUGACAUUGAAGACACACAAGAGCUUCCAGAAAUCGAAGAUAUCAUACCGGUUAAAGGCAAAAAUGUUAGCGGGACACAAUCGUCAUCAACACCCUGCGAGACCAUUGAGAAUGAGGUACUUUCGAAUAGUAAGGAGCUAUCACCUAGCUCCAGCUGCUUCACAGAGGAGUCACAGGAAGUCGUUAAAAAUCGUAGGAAGUCCAGAAAAAGGAAGAGGUCAGAGGAAGAUAUCACCUGCAUUUCUCAGAAGAGCAACCAAAAAUCAGAAAUGAACUCUCCAAAAAAAAGGCUUGUAAGAGCUGCAGACGCCGAGCAGACAGUCAAGAUUCAAAACACGCGUUUGAAUCAGAUGAAUAUAUCGCAAGUAGCACCACCUGGUGGAAGUUCAGAGAAUGGGGACGCAGUGGAUUUUCGUAGUAGCACACCUGUCAAACCAACUAGUAUUGAAGUCGGCACUGCUUUGUUUUCCAAUACAGUUACACAUAUUGCUCAAAGAAAAGCUUCAGAGGGGGACAAUUUAUAUCCGAAAGAAAUAAGAACCAUUGAUAAUGAUCUUCUAUCAAAAAAAGAUGUCAUUUUUCCCACAGCGGUUUGGUGCCACUAUAGUUUGAACUUUGUGUAUUAUCCUGGAAUUUUACUGACUCAAGAUCAAGAAACGAACACUUCUGAAGUUUUAUUCGAAACAGGCUCUUCUUUGGUGAAGAAUGAAGAUAUGUUUUAUCUGGACUUGCGAAUAGGAGACACUGUAAACUGGAACUCGAAGUCAUACACUGUUGUUGCCUUAGAGUGUCUUUCUCACAACAACAACGUUAUAAGAUGUAUUCGUGGGUUUGAUACAGUACAUUUAAAGAAAAGAAAUAACACUGGAAAACUAGGCAAGAGGACUUUAAUCAAGCCGCUGUCAUCAAUAACGCUUACUCUGAGUGAGUGGGCAAGACGUCCGAAGAUUAUGUUAUUCGGGAGCUCAGAUUUUCGUUCAAGUGUAUUUGAAGAUCUCAGUAAUCCAAUUAGAGGGCGCAAGAAUACGACAAUGAUAACGCCUGUCUCCCCCAAAAAGUACAUUGGUUUAUCUGAAACUGAUAAUCACAGUACACCCUUUGGCAGUGGUUCUUCUGACCCACACAGCAUGUCCAAAGAAAGAAAUUUUCAUCAAGGAAGAGGAGCAUCCCCGCUCUUCAGCGGAAAUAUUUUCGAUGGUUGUUUAUUUGUUUUGACUGGACUUUCCGAGGCCUGUAGGCAAGAAGUAUCCAAUAUGAUUGCUUCUCAAAAUGGUACCGUGGCGGCAGGGAGUUUCUCCACUCUCUUAGCCUUCACAACAAAAGGUUCCCUGCAUUGGAUAGAUGUACGAUAUUCAUCUUAUAGAUUUGUUUGUCUGAUCACCGAGAAGCAUUCCAGGAGUCUCAAAUAUUUAGAAACGCUUGCGUUGGGCUGGCCUACAUUGCAUUGGAAGUUUGUCAGCCACUGCAUCCGCAGAAAUCAGUUGGAUGUAGGAGCAGUGCUUGGUUUUCUUCUACCUGCAGGGGAAAGUCAUCGAUUGUCUAUAAAUCCUGCUGCCAAGACCGGAGUUGUUCUUUCGAGUAAUAUAUUUCAGUUUUACUCAAAGCUACUUGCUGGCAAACCCUUGGGUGUUCAGCUGGAUAAUAAACCGAUGCAUUUGGAUGAGUUUCAUGUCCUAAUUUAUGGUAAGUCCGAGUUCAAUAAUUUUAUUCACUUCAUUUUCCGAGUUUUUGGAGCCUGCUCAAUCUCUUACUUGGACAGGUUUAGAAAUAUACACAAAUGGGCAAUUAAACUUGAAAAUAAUCCAGGUGGCGAUUCAGAAUUUAAAGAGUUUGUUGGCGAAAUACAAAGAAGGAGCUUGACUUUGGCUCCUCAAAAAAAGAUUUUAGUUUACAUUAACGAACGGACGUGCAAGAAUAGCAUCGCUGAAAGUAUCAAAGAUAAAUUACUGCAGGUCUUUACCACUCAGAGCGACUUGAAGGGAAAGCUUUACGUAGAGUCGAAAGAGUGGCUUAUACAAUCUAUCAUAAAUACCGAUGCCGGUUUAACGUGA